AAGGCGAAGUUCUAGAUGAGGGAGAUUAGUUACAUCAACUACAACUGGAUCUAGAAGUACUCGGAUCUAGGAUGUCUACAUAGUACUGGCGAAAAACACGAAAAACGAGUAAAACUAAAAAGCUUAAAUUUAUCUUUUUUUGUACUUCACUCAAGCACUUUUUCAGAACAUCUCAUUCAAGGCUACAACAACUCCACUUUCCACUUUCUCCACACUGAUCCACGCAAACUCAUCAAGACUAAAAAGAUGAAUACAAGAACUUCGAAUGCACGACCUGGAGCAGUUCCUCUUCAGGAGGAGACUGAUCCUGGCAUGGAGGGAUCAUCGUUUUCCAGACCCACGAUUUGGCGACGUCUGGGCCGUUGUCUCAUUUACGGUGUCGCAGGCUCUGCGGCAGCCUUCUUGUUUUUGACCGUCUUGUUUCUGGCAUUCAAGAAAGACUCAGACUCAGGAACUACAACUACAACAGAGACGACAAAAACAAAUGCCAUCGCCAUGGGGGAUACUGAUAGUGUGACCGGAAGAUACGUGGACCAUAUCAACCGGGUCUUCGCCGACAUCAAGAAAACGUUGUUGGCUUCAGCUUCGUCUUCUCAUGGUAGUCGUAGUGAACCUGAAGUUCUUGUAGUGACAAUGGCUGGUCCGAGUUUCAUUUACAACGACGAUAAAAAUCAAAAUGAAAAGUUGUCCACCUCGUCUACCAAGUUGAACAAUAAUGUGGAAGUGGAACCAGAGCAGGGUGAGCAGAAGUGGCUAGGGGACGAGGUAGUUGUUGAAGAAAACACGACGUUGGAAGAACAAAACCCAAUGGUCGAAAUUCAGCUAGGUGAGAACAAUGAAGAGACCAAGAAGUCCACCGCAUCUUUGAUGUCUUCCACCACAGAUUCUGCUGCUCGUACAACAAGUCCUGUUGUAGCUUUUUUUACUUCAACUACAGCAGGAAAAAAUACCACAGCGGGAGCUCCUUCAUUGUCCAACUUCAAAAGUAUUGACAACUUCACUAAGGUCCAGCAGGAGCAUGUUAAAACUCCUGAUGUCAACGUCAAGGUAAACAAUCAAGACUUUUUCGAUGCUGUGGUGCGUGAAGUUCAACAGUCGGCAGUGUGGGAGGAUGCGAAUGCGUUGUUGUUUCCAACCCUCCAAUACCCAACCAGCAACAACGCAGUCGGUUCUCAAGUCGUUGCAGGGGGAAUCUUGCUCACAUGGAAUUUUCACUGGACUUGGGGGACGAGAUUGGAGUUAUGGUUCACUUACUGAGAACUGUCGUGACUGAUCACGGGUUGUUGUCGAUAUCUACUUUAUGUACUUCUUCUAGGGGAACAUCAAGGGGUGUCGUUGUGCAACACUACUUUUCCUAGCACGGCUUGUCCUCUACUUCUCCACUACCACUUUGUGACUCCUUUUCUGCAAGAAUUCCCUCUCUUCAUCUCUUCCAUCCGUCACCUCCAUCCUUUACCUCCAAUAGAGAGGUCCAAGUACGAACUACAGUUCCUCCACAUGAUCAUUUAUUCCACCGUUCUAGUUGACAUUGACUCACCGCCUCCAGUACAACCUACUGCUCUCUCCUACUUUCAUGACCUUCAAACACGUCCGCCUCCGUCUCCGGAUCCAACCUGGUCUCGCUGCAUAUGGGUGUGGAAAUGCAUCAGACGAGCUUCGAUCGCAAACGGGUGUAUCAUUUGCACGCAAACCUGGUCCUGUCUUCGUUCAUGAGCGGCAUGGUUCACACUGACAGUCUGGUUUUCACCGGCAGUGGGCAACAACAGAGCUCGUCCAGCGUCAAUUUUGCUAGUAAUAUGGCGUUUGACCAUGGUAACGUUCAUGUUGGUGGAGUAGCUGUUCCUGGUGGAGAAAAGUCAUCAACCUCCACGUUUAUGCAGCCAACCUCUACUCAACCUGACAAAGUCGACAUAACGUUUCCGGAAUUCAAACUGUUGACAGGCACGGCAGAACUUCUUCCACGCGGAAAAGAGGGUGUUGCGAGGACUACUGAAGAAGCCAAUCAUGCUGGCGCAAAUGCACUAGAACAACAAGAAAUUAAGCCGCAGUUGCAACUAGUACAAGAUGACGACUUGCACUUUUCCCAGAACAAGAUGAUGUUUGCUGCAAUCGCACCAAAAGAUCAAGAACAAAUGACGAACAAAAACCCUAGUGGAGGUCCCUCACAAAGUAUUGAUCAACAAUUCUUCGACGCUUUCGCGAACCACGCAAAACGUUAUCGUUGGGCCAAUCCGACUGUUCUGCUUUUUCCAACGUUUAUGUUCAUGUUGAGAGUAGCUGAUGAAGCUGUAGAUCAGAGCGCAGUUGUGUGGUAAGAAUAGUGUCUAUAUCUAGAUGAAAGAAAGUAUGAGCAUGAGGAUCUUCUAGAUGAUACUUAUAUCAUUGCCAUCCUUUCCUACUGGUACUGCAAGUACUACAUUAUAUUAUAAGUACUUCUACAACCCCAUUCUCCUUCAUAACUCUGCAGUACCCACAAGCCAACUCAGCCCAUGGGAGUCAGGCUACAGGUCCGGACAUCAUCCAGAGCUACUCGCUGCAAUGGGAUUGGCAGCAAGACACAGCUAGGGGACUUAUUGGUAGGUUUUGUCUGCUACCUUUUUUUUGAAUUAUAUGGUUUGGAACAAUUGAUUCCAAUGCAGGAAUCGGGUAAGAAAUAAGUCUAAGCGUACCUCUCUGCUUUUAUUUUGAAGUCUUGUUAUUCUUUUUCGUGCCUUAGAAAUUGAUCAUCCCGUCACCCUCGUCUUCACCUUCAGGUCUACACAUGCGUAUCUCUGAGUUUUGUCAGCAUGUGCAGAGCGAACGUGCUGUCUACUGUCUUGGGGGCGACGUGAAUCUGGUGAAGGGAACCUCUGUCGGGCCUGUGCAGCUCUCUAGUGCUACCUGGCGGCAUCAACGCAGCGAGCAAAACCGACCUCCAGUUAGCUUCGCGGUGCGAGGGAGUAAAGUUGUUAAGGGCAUUUAUUACAAAAUGAAAAUGAAAUAGAAGGUACAGGUAGAGGCACUAGUUGUUGUGCCUAGAAGUAAGGCAUCUGUUUUUUACUCACAAGGAUGGUAGUGGUACUAGUUGUAGUAUCCCAAGAAUUAUCGGCUAUUUGCAAUUGCAUCUAUUUCUAUGAUCUAGGUCAAGAGCAGGUACUUUUUACUUGUAUUAUUCCCACCAGCACUACAGUACUAGAUACUUACAUACAGGUAUAAGUACUAGUAGUUCUUUCUCAUAGUAGUAGCACUGGUGGUUUCGAAGCUGUAGCGGAGGCACCCUAUCCUAUCCUCAUCUAAUCUUGGCGGCGGUUUAGCAUCUACGCGCGUGGCUUCUUUUUUGGCGCUGAUGUCUCUUGGAGCCUUCAUUUUCCAUCUAGCCGGAUCACGUGUAAAAGGACUGUUUAUGUUGUAGAUGUGGGCUUACGUAUCUACUUCUAGUUGAGCAUCUUAUUUCAGAUCACGAUCAGCUUCAUUGAAGUAAAUUCGGAAGAAUGAGGGUUAGGGUGUGUGGUCGUUAUACAACCAAAUCAAUGUUGGCUGGAGGUGAGUGAAUGUCCUCGAGCAUUCUGGAAAAAUUAGAAAGAAUCAUUCAUAGAAUCAUCAACGCUGUACACUCGAGCUCGACAUGACAAGGACAAUUUUUGCUUACUCAACUUAUUGCCUCUUCGUUCUGACCACAGACACAGUGCUGCAAGAACGAAGAUGUCGAUCCCAUGAGCACGAUGUACAUAUCUCCUGUUGUUUUCUUAUGGCCAAUUCAAGUUCGACAGGUGCUGCUUUGAUCUUGCUAAAAAGGCUGCAUCGACAAGUAUCAGUCC